UCAUCUGUGUUGAAAAAGAAAAACUUCUUUAUUGAUUGUAUUUAGAUGUCACGGGAACGUAUAUCAAAUAUUCAGAAGGUUUUAUCCAAGUUCCUACUACCAAUACCAUUUUGACCAAACCAUUUCAGUAUUGGACUCCCGAUCAUCAAGAACUUAGCACGCGUAUGGAUUACGUACAAUGUAUUGCAUUCUCUUUGGAAACUGGAUUAUUCUUUUUGGUACAAUGCUUUUGGAAUUAUUUGUCUAAUACUUUGGCAAAGAAGAAUUUCAUGUCUUCUUUUGAAUUCAACUUUUUUGUGUUAUGGGCUCUUUCUUCCAUGGCUCUCUUCCCAUUUUUACAAUGGUACUAUCGCGAAAAUGCCCUUUAUCGUGAAAUUGUACCUCAAGUAGCAUAUAGUAGUGAAACCUUGAUUACUGCUUUCCUUGGUAUCCGCAAUAAUAUACGGUUUAAACGUUUGAUUUCUACUGUCAGAAAGAAUAAUGUUAGUACUGGUGUCAUCAACAAACUCAACUACUUCCGGGAAUGUAAUAAUAUGAUCUGUAUCAUCCUCUUUUUUUAUGGGUCAUCCUUCUUUAUUUUAUGUGUGGAUGGGUUGACAUCUCAAACCAUUGCAAAAAACAAGCUAGCUUCUGAUAUCAUCAUCUCCAAUGCCAAUGUCUGUGUUGCUUUUUAUUAUCUUGUAUUUAUAUCUACAUUCCAUCCUCGACGUCAAUUUAAUACCAAUAAUAACAAUACCUCAACAAAGGAGUCUUCUUCUCAUGAAGUAUACAAAUCUCAAGGUCAAGAUGUGGAAAUGGAUCAAAAUCGAUUCAGUCAACGAGUGACUCAUUUCGUCGAUAUGCAUCAACAACAGCGUCAAGCAUCUAUGGAUCAACAACAACAACAACAAUUACAAUUACAACAACAAGCAGGUGGCAACACAUCACAGAGUAAAUUGUUUAUUCGACCAAUGAGUCCUAUAUCUGUGGAUCGACAAAACCAACAACAAGAUCAACAAGGUCAUUAUCAUUAUGGACAAGAUUCAGCUGUUGGUAGUGGAUAUGGUAAUGGAUCAUAUACAAGCAGUCCACCUUUAUCACAUCAACCAUCAUACCCACUUUAUCAACGUCAAGACACCCCACCACUCCAUCCACCACCAUCCUCAACGUCAUCACCUACUACCAACUACAGUACAAGAGAAAUCGCCGUUCGAGAUCCUUAUUCUUCGCAACCUGUCACUUUCUCAGUCAUUGAUCCUCAGUAUGGUAGUGGAAAUGGAAACAGUGCUAGUGAUAUCCCUUUACGUGGUCCUCAGCAACCUUACAACUAUCAUCCUAUGAGCGACAAUCACAGUGAUUAUUCAGUGGAUCAUCAUUACAUUGAUGAUACUCAUCAUCCUCGUAUGGGUUAGUUAGAUAGUGAUAUAUACUUUAGUAUAUUAUUGUAGUUUUUGUUUAUUCUAGUUUUAUUUAUUUAUAUAUAUAUGUAUUUUUCUUUAAUGACAUGUUCUUCUCAUUUUUAAUACUAUUUUUUUUUCCUCUC